GUGCCAGAAGCUAACAUGAGGUUUCCUUGCGGCCGGGACAAUGUGUUCAUGUCAGGGCCCCAGGCCGGUGGCUUAUUUGCAGCAUGGACUUCUGGCAGCAACUGGGUCAGCGAUCUGGAAAACAACAGUUUGGGAUUUAUUCUGGCUGAUUCUGGCUACGACGUUUGGAUCAGGAACAGCAGAGUCUACGAGGAGAUGGCUCAAAAGGAUCUUCCUGCUGCCAUAGACUUUAUCACUAAGACAACUGGUCAGGAGCAGAUCUUCUAUGUUGGCCAUUCUCAGGGGCCCACCCAUGGCUGCAGAUGGAACGACUGUGAAGCUGUUUCCCCGCUGCCUCCUGAGCAACAACCUGCAGUCAAGAUGGAGCAGCCGAUCUCUGUUUCUUCUCUGAAGAAGCUGGUGGCUGUUCCAGAUCACACUGACGUAUCACUAAGCCCAGAUGAGCGCGUGCGAGUGCUAAGCAAGUUGGGCUGUAACAUCACCAUCAAUGAAGACAUCACGCCAAGGCGAUAUUUCCGCUCGGGGGUGGAGAUGGAGAGGAUGGCGUCGGUGUAUUUGGAAGAAGGAAACCUUGAAAAUGCCUUUGUUCUCUACAACAAAUUUAUCACGUUAUUUGUAGAAAAACUGCCCGGACACAGAGACUAUCAGCAAUAUGAAAUUCCCGAAAAGCAAGAUAUAUUGACGAAACUCAAGGAAGUUGCAUUUCCAAGAACGGACGUGCUAAAGAAGGAUCUGCUGAAGAAAUACAACCUGGAAUACCAGGAGUACCUACAAGGCAUACACAAGCGGAAAUCGGAAUGCCUGAAGAAACUGGAGCAACAGCAGUUAAUAGAUGCGGAAAAAAAGCGCCUGGCGCAAUUACGCCAACAACAGAUCGAAACGGAACAGUUCAGCUUCUUCGAGGACCAGCUGCGGAAGCAGGACUUGAUCAGAGAUCAGCUGAAAAAUAAAGAUGCGCCAAAGGUGCCGGAGCAGAUUGAUGGCGGAAUGGUGACCUGCAUCUCUACCACCAAAUCCAGCUCUAAAGAACAGGCAAAGAGGAAUGAUGCCUCUAUCUAUUCCGGGCAGUCCCCUCCUGUGACUAGAGCCUUGAAACCAGCAGCUACACUGAGUGCUGUGCAGAAUGAAAUAGUGGAUGGCCUUCGGCUGGUUGCACUGCCCAGGGAUCUGUCCCACCGAUUUCUACAGUUGGCUGAAGCCAAUACUUCCAGAGGGAUCGAGACCUGUGGUAUCCUCUGUGGCAAACUGACUCACGAUGAAUUCACCAUCACCCAUGUGAUUGUACCAAAGCAGUCUGCGGGACCGGACUACUGUGACAUGGAGAAUGUGGAGGAACUAUUUAAUGUACAGGAUCAGCACAACCUCCUCACCCUGGGUUGGAUCCAUACGCAUCCAACUCAGACAGCGUUCCUAUCCAGCGUGGAUCUUCAUACUCACUGCUCCUAUCAGCUCAUGUUACCAGAAGCCAUUGCCAUUGUUUGUUCACCAAAGCACAAUGAUACUGGAAUCUUCCGACUCACUAGCGCCGGGAUGUUGGAGGUGUCUGCAUGUAAAAAGAAGGGCUUCCACCCUCACAGCAAAGAGCCCAGACAAUUCAAUACCUGCAGACACGUGAUGGUACGAGAUGCCGGUAUCACUGUUCUGGACCUGAGGUGAUGGCAACUCGGGGGCCACAUUCUCCACUGCAAUGGACUGAUUGGACAGCGGCUGACAGUUUUAUUGCCCCCUCCCCCUCUUUCUAGGAAUUCAAAUGGACUUUUUUUUUUUUUCUAAUUUAUACAUUUAAAUGUGAUAGUUUCCUAUUUAUUGCACCUGGAUAUUUUUGAGGUUGUUUUCUUGAUUUCUGUGACAAUUCCGGCUGUGCUGUAACAACCUGCACCAUCUUGUGUCUGUGCAUUUAGAUGGAGGGGCCUGGAAUUAAAGGAGACUUAAAUGAA